UCUUUCCGCAGCCUACUAUAUGUAAUCUAUAUGCGUAAAGACCAAGAAAAAUCGUAUUGUGUUGUUGAGGUAACAGGUUAUUAAUUAAAAAGCAAGAAUGAAUUUUCCAUCACCUAAUCCUGCUGCUACUGUACUGCAAUCAUACAAUAAUGAAAUGGUCAAAUGUAUUGAAGAUCUUUGUUCGAAGAGGGACGAUCUUCGACGUCAGAUCGAGUCCGAUCAAGAAGAAAAGGCGAAACUGCAUAACGACAUUAGAAUUCUAACUAAUCGGCUUGCAAAAGUGAAUGAAGACAUCGCGAAAAAGAUGACGUCACAGAUCGAGUUUGACCAAGCUAUAUGCGAGACACAGACAGCAUAUGCACGAGUGAUGGAAACUUCACAAACGCUGUUACAGACUGUUCAUACUGCUGGGAACAAACUAAAAGCGAAAGAAGCAGCGUUAACCGGAUCGGAACUAAAACUUCCCACCCCAGGACCGAAACGAAAUUAAAAGUUUCCCAUUUUUUGACAGAUUUCUGUAAAAACGAGCUAUAUUUUGAACAGAAGGUUCUGAGUUUUGGCAAAUUUAACACCCAUGCCACAAACAUAAAAGUUUUGAUUCCACACCAGUGUUGUUAGGUUAUUUGCAUUAGUUUAUAGUUUGUAAAAAUCUUAGAAAAUGUGAAAAAAAUGUUCACCUUCUUUUACAGAACUGAUACUGUAUCAUUGUACAAGUGGCACUUACAUCCGUACCUAAUUUUUCACAACUGUAUAUUGCGAAUAAAACACGUCAUAAUAG